GAAGGCGGGAUGCAGGGGUGGGUGGCAGCAUCCCGCCGCAGGAGGAAGGCCAGGGAAAGCCUCCAGGCCCGCAGCAUGAAGAACCCCAUGUACCAAGUGGCCUCCCUGCUGCUGGAGAAGCUGCUCCUCCUGGCCAACCUCAGGCUGUGCAGCGAGGGCCCCGGCGCGGCGGAGGAAGAGGCGAAGCCCGCCAGCUCCUGCGACGCCACCCGCUUCAAGCGGGGCGACCUGCUGGAGGUGCCCCGCACCCUCUUCGUCCACUUCGGCAUCUACCUCGGGGACAACCGCGUGGCGCACCUGAUGCCGGACAUCCUGCCCGCCUUCACCGACGACCAGCGGCAGAUCCAGCAGGUGGUGACCAACAAGAGGCUCGUCCUGGGCGUCCUGGCCAGAAUGGCCCGCAUCCGGGUGGACACGGUGGAGGACUUCGCCUACGGCGGCUCCAUCCUGGCGAACCACAUGGACGAGGCCUUCCCGAGCAAGGCGCUGUGCGAGGAGGAGGUGGCCCGGCGGGCGGAGAAGCUGGUGGGGGCCACGGCGUACAGCCUGCUGUGGAACAACUGCGAGCACUUCGUCACCUACUGCCGCUACGGCUCGGCGGUCAGCUUCCAGACCGACAAGUUCUGUGAAACAGUGAAGAUGAUUAUUCGGGACCAGAGAAGUGUUCUUGCUUCAGCGCUCCUGGGAUUAGCAUCUAUAGUCUGUCUGGGUUUGGCACCUUCCACCACCCUGCCCACUAUCAUUAUUCCAUUCUUUCUGUGGAUGGCUGGUUAACAGCAGCACCAGAGUCUGUCAGUGCCUGUACAUAGAACGUAUAAUACUGUAUUUAUAAAAGCACAAAUUACUUAUCAGCAGUUGUGUAAAGAGAAAAAAAUGUGACCUGUAACUUGUGUAAUAUUUUAAUCACAUCUUUAUCCAGAACACAAUGUACAAAGAGUAGCUUACUGUGUAAGCCAAAUAAACCAGAUUUCCUGAAAAUCUCACAGAAGGUGAAUUUAACACACCUUCCAAGCCAUGAAAGUGUGUGUGUGUGCGGGGGUGGGGUGGGGGGGGGUGUUUGAUAUAGUUCUGCUCCCUGCUUUCAGUCAUAAAUUCAUCUAGUGAAUUUAUUUUAUCAGGUAUCUCUUAACUCUGUGUAUCCAAGUGCCAUAUAAAAUAGUGAAGAUUAGAGUUUCAUCCUGAAAGCAGAUGAUAGAGGCCAUCUAAGUACCUAGGCAGAAAUGAUGGAAGCUGAAAACAAGCUAAUUUCACUUCCAUAUGUAUGUAUUUUGCAUUCAGGAAAGUUACUGUUUCUAAAUCAACUUGUAUUAAGCCUAGAAAUAUCUUUUAAUGGAAAAUAAAAGCAGCCUCAGGAUUGUAUUCUGCAUUGGUAAAAACUCCUAGUUAAAUAUUGUUUCCUGUACUACUGUGUGUGGCCAGAUCGGUACUGCCCAUUCAGUUCCUUUCUGAGAGGUGUUCACAAAUCAUAUAUCCAUUUUAAUUGCACAAACUCUGUACAUCCUGAACAGCUUUUUGUCUGGGUUAAGUUGCAAGGAAAGCCUGCAGUUCCUCAGAAUUUUCCUUGCUAGUAAGUGUCAGUGCAGCCAAUAUAAUUCAGUACAGGGGGUUUCAGAAGAUAUGGAACAAAGCAAUUUGGCUGGUGAAAACUAGUAACAUGCAAACCAAUAAGAAUUUUCCUAUGUUCAGGAGAGAAGGAAAGAGGCCUAUUUUCUCUUCUCUUCCCUCAGUAAUGGGAGCAGUGUGGGAGCCAUAAAGUGUCAUGAGUCUCUGUGGCAGAUAUUACAGUCAAGCUACUGUAAUUUAACACCUAUACAUACCACAUACCCCUUAAAAAUUAUACAUCUUUCAUACACCAAAUGUGUGAAUAUUUAACUAGAAGCCAGCAACUUUUUGAAGAGCAUGUGAUAUAUGAUUCAAGGGCUUUUUGGAAAAUAUUGCUAUUCUUAACUCAGGCUGAUACCUUUUUAUCUCAGACCUCUGUGGACUCUUUCCUUCAAAAUCCAACCCUGUCUAGUCACUCAUUUUGAGUGACUAUUCUAUUUCUAUUAUUAUUAUUAUUAUUAUUAUCUACAGUGUUUAUUGCUGUUUUGUAAACAUGCCUUUUCUGUGUACUGAGGCAUUUAAGCAUUAUUCUGCCUCUACUUUUAAAUCUAAAGCAUGCAUAAUCUCCAAAUCUUGUCUCUUAACAGUGAAAGCUCAAUAUACCACAGUCAAUUAAGAACAAUAUUACAUAACAAAAAAUGCCUCCUUUACUACCAUUUCUACAAUAAGAUUUACUUUAUCUUUAUUUAAGAAACAAAAAAACCCCAACUGUUUGAAGUGUGGUAUCUUGAAUUAAGUGUCUGCUCUGUUGCUAAUAGCAGUGUCUCGUUUUGGCUACUCCACUACAACCGACUGAAAAUGUAAAGACCAAGGAUGAAAUCCUGAUCUUAUUGAAGUCAAUGGCAAAACUCUCAUUUCUUUCAAUUGAGAUAGGAUUUCACCCUAGACCUCAAUACCAAUGCAGAACUGUAUUUAGAAUAAAUUAUAUGUUCAGCUUGCAGUCAUGCUCCAAAGCAGCUGGAUUUAAACUACCACUAAGUUGUUAUAAACAACUUGCAUUCUUUUAAAGCAAAUCCUAAGGUGCCAACCUACAGCAAAUUUUUAAACUAAUGUGAAAUGCUUUUCCAUAACAUAUGUAUCAUAACCUCUGCACAGAUUCCAUUGCAUUUUUUAUUUACUGUACAUAAGGUCAGCACUGUAUAAUUAUAUAAAUAUAAUUCAUUUUUAUAUGUUUACUUGUGUUCUGAAAUUGAUGAGCAUAAUGGAAUAGCACUUCCCUAACAAUGUUUAUCCCAAUAGGAUACUGAGCAAUCCAUUGAGACAUAUAAGGUAUCAAAUUACAUUUUACGUCUGCCCCUCCCUUUUAUUUGGGAUUUGUAAGAAUUCCAGUAAUUCUCAUGAGUCAGUUACAGAAUAAACAAUGGGUCCAUGAUCAAUAAGAUCAUCAUAGUUAGGAUUGUUAUGAGGUGAGUGUACUCGCAGUAGCUGUAAUAUCAAAGGACUGAUGUUGCCGCUUUGCUAAUGGGGAUGGGACAACCAGGGAUAUUUGGGGAAAGAUGUGAUUUGUCUGAAAACUUUGUUAGACAACACCGGGCACCUGGAACAGACACUGGGUUAUUGUUCAGUCAGAUCUAGUAAGUGAAAAUUGCUCCAUAAAGUAUCUUUAAGGAAUACUUAAGACAUGCUCAGACUAAGCCUUUUAAACCUGUGAUACACUUGCUGUAUUCUCCUGAUUCACAGGAGGACUUCAGUUAUGCCCUUAUGCACUUAGGAGUUUUCAUACAGUCCCCGAUUCAGCAAAGGACUUAAGUCCUAUUAAAAUUAAGAAUAUGCUAUUUUGGCUUGCUAAAUUGGGGCCAUAGAUUGAGCAGAUCUAACACCUGUGUCGAUUCUCCUGUUCAUCCUCUUGGAUUGUUGCUCUGAAGUCUCAAACUUGAAAUUUCAACACCAACUAUUUUUCUAAUGACUAUUUUUGCUAAUAGAAUACUCUAUUUAAGGAUUAUGAAUAGAGUUUGCCUUUCAGACCCAGGCUCAAAUAUGAAUUGUGACAUUACUGAAAGGAAGGAACUAGUUAUUAUAACGGACAAAACACAGGGCAGUAUCAUCAUUGAAAUUUUGCAUGUGUUAUAAGUGCAGGAUUGGCACAAUAUACAGGUAACUAUGGAGGAUGAAGUAGAUAGGGAGUGGAAAUACAGAAGUUGCAUUUCAUUUUAGUUGGUUCUUUGUAUGAUUCUUUUUGAGGGCGGUGGAUCUUCUUUAAGAACCUUAAUGUGCAAUGCGGGGACCUCAAAGGACAGGAGUCUUGCGUUGCUGGGAACGGUUAGUAGUGAAGACGUCAGGUUAAAAGGACACAUUUCAUGAUUACCAUACAAAGGUAAACAAAAAUUAAAAACUUAAGAAGACAAUGUCAGGGUAGAAAAAUAUUUUUAAAAACCAGAGAUUGUUAAAAUUCAAGUUCUAAUGUUUUAAUCACUUGAUGCUAUGGUCCUUUUGUGUAUUAGCUUGAUGAAUGAAAAUAGACUAGUCGGUUUCUAGUUGACUUCUCUUUCAGGUCCUUAUGCACUAGCACUCUGUUACAAUGUGUAGGUUGUAAAACUGCUGGGGAAUGUGUGUGGGUAAGUAAGAUACCAUUGAGAUUUAAAUGCGGUGGGGGGGGGGGGGAGUCAUGGCAAUAUUUGUCAGUAUUAGGUUUUGGGAAACAAAUGAAACUACAUUUUUGGCGACAUAUGACCUGACAGCAUCUGUGUGGGAUUCAGAACGAAAGCUACAGAAGCAAGACAAAUUCUCUGUUAUGGCAACCGUAGGUCUGGUUUGUCCAUAUUGUGUGUAUAUGUGUUAUAUAAUUAAAGGGUCUCAAAACAUAGUAUGAUAUAGUGUUGUGUGAGAAUGCAUCCUAUGUUAGAAAAUCAGUGGUUUGUAUGCUCUGACUUUAUAUUUGAAUAUUAAAUGGAAGUGAUCAGAUAACAAAUGGCUCCUGGAGGUGCAAACUGCUUAAGCUCUGUAAUACUUUAGGCCCCAAUCCUACAAACACAAACAUAUUCUUAAAUUUACUACAUGAGUAGUCGCAUUGAUUUCAAGUAAAAGUGUGUUUGCAGGAUAGGGGCCUUAUAUUGUAAUACUGUGAUUCAUUCAGCAACUGUGUUUGUGAUGUACCUAUUUGUGUAGUGAUCUUGCAUGACUUUAUGCUGUUGAAAUAAAUUGCCAACUCAACUCUUAUUAUUAAAAAAAAGUUUACAUCAUUUACACAAUUACUCUCUCUAGAAAUCACUGUGAUGCCAUGUCUAUGUCUACGAGCUCAGGCCCGCAGACAGAGACUUGUUAGCUCAAGUAUGAAAAAUAGUGUAGCCAUGGUAAAUACUCUGUGGGUAAGUACUCAGCGUGGUGGAGACAUGUCACUGCUGCCCAUACGACCAUGGCUACACUGCUAUUUAUUCUCAUGUGAGCAUGUGUACACAAGCUGGUAAUCAUAUCCCACCUCAUAGUGUAGACAUAGCCAUAGAAGAAUAGAACCUUAAGUGUGGAAUAAGCAGCAGGAACAGAAGAAUGUUUAUGACCCUCUUUUCAAAUAAACUUUUUACUAAUAGUAGAAAACAGGAUGAGAAAUCUAGAUAAUAGAAUAAUCAUAGUGGGAGGGGGAAGGAGGAUCAAAGCUCAAAUGCAGCUUGCUUCUCCAUUGUAUCUCAGUCUAAAUUUUUACCUGCUUAAUCAUAAUCACCUCUUCUCCCAUUAAACACCCACAGUGGCUCAGCAGGACUUCUCACUGUAUUAGUAAACUGCUAAUGUUAACCCCUUUAGUGUUGAUGAUAGUUACAACCACUUUUGGUUUGGAAGUUAAAAUAAUUCUUAUCUCUCACCUCCUUUAAUGCUCACCUGUACUUCACAUGAGGUCCCAAAAUCUUUGAAAUAAUACUAUAAAUUAAUAUAUAAAUAUACACAAAAUUAAUACAAAUACAACAUAUUCAGUAAAGUUUCAUAUAAUUGGGCUAUUAUGAAGCUGCAAACUUCAUACAUUUCUGGCCACAACACUACAAAUGUUAUAGGUCCAAAUUUUUCAAGAUAUUUAGGUAUUGCUGCACUCAGUGUUACAGACUCCUAAAUCAGUUAGGCCUUGCGUCAUUUUCAAAAGGAUUUAGGCACUUAGGAGUCUAAGUCCCAUAGACAGUGGAUGGGAUUUAGACUAUCUAAAUCCCCUUUGAAAAUGAGAUGUAGGCUCCUAAAUCAGUUAGACAUUGCAAUCCCAAGCACAGCACUACCUUUAAAAAUCGAGGCUAUAGUGCUAAAAUCAAUACAUAAAGAUUUUCCAGAUGAGAAGUAGUAUAUAUUCACCCAGGUACUAAAAACCAAAGUGACCCAAAUUUGUGUUUCAUAAAUGUAAUAAACUUUGUUUAAAACCUAUAUGGACACAGUGUUCCGAGCCAGAGCACAAUGAAAUAACAUAUUUUCUAAAACUGCCAAAAUUGGGAUUUCAGGGAUCUACAAUUUAUUUUCCGUUCAAGUACAUGAAUGUUCUUUAACCUAUAAUUCUUCAUGAACCUAAUCACUGUAAAAAGACCCAUUCUUCUACAGUGCAUUCCUGUGCAACUCUGACACAUAAUGUGCAUAACACAAACAGCUAUGUAUAAUCACAUUUUUAUGAGAGAACAAAUGUCUAUAGCACUUCAAAUGCUCACAUUGAUUUUUGCUAUUCUGAGUGUUGCAGUCUUUGCUGGGUUCCACCACAUGCCAAUUUUAACUGUGAAAGAAGUAACUCAACAUGGAGAUACUCUGGCAAUUGUAGAUACUCUCUAAAGAUUCUCCAAAUCAUUAAUUCAGAGCUGCAUAACUAUUCCCCUCUGGAGGCAAUAUAGCUUAAUUAGUGGGGGCAGGAAUCAUCCACCUUUUUAGAGUUAUGCUCCACAGAUACUGAAGGAGAAAUCUGUCAGCAUAAAUUAACAUUUUUCAUUUCUUGAUGUACUUCUAACAGCACAAUCAAGUAUCUGUUCUCACAUCUUUUAAUAUUAAUGGGUUGUUCACAACACUUCUAACUGACUUACCUCACAAUUAAGGUAACCUAGAAGUUGCACAAUGUCAUUGUAGAUAGAGCUUGGAACAGAACACCCAGGUCUCUAGUUAUGUUUACACUGCAGCUGGGAGCAAGCCUCCCAGGUAAGGCAAACAGAUUCAUAAAAGUGGGGCUCAAACUAGUGCAGUAAAAAUAGCAGCAGUGUGGAUGUUGCAGCUGGGGCGGCAGCUCAGACACUGAAGUCCCCCCAGACCCUAAAUGUAGCCCAAGCCACAAGAUCCACACUGCUAUUUUUAGUAUGCUAGGCUAGCCUGAGUCUAUCUACCUGGACUGGGAGGUUUGCUCCCAGCUGCAGUGUAGACACGCCCUAAUACAGAACCAAGAUGCAAUCAGUCAGCCACAUUGGCUUUCAUAAUGUGUACUAAAUCUAUCUGCAACUACUGUUCUAACCACUGUAGACAAUUCUGCUCCUAAAGCCAGGAAUGACUGAUGCCCAGCAUCUUAGUGUUGUCUCAAAAACAGUUUUGUAAGCCAUUGGCAAAAGUGUGUCAUACCUCUGCUCUCAGGGCUGGUCCACAUAGAAAAUAACAGCCUAUAUCAGCCUAUAUAACAGCUACUAUUUGCGCCUUUAUCUCAAAUGAAAGACAUACAGCUAUAGUCUGGCUCUAAAGGUCAUAAGGCCUGACCCAGUUGUAUUAAUACAGGGAAAAUCUGAUUGUAUAAUUAAAGACUGCUUCCUAGUGUAUAAUCACAUGGAGGCACAAUUAAAGUUGCACAGACAACCUUAAUUCUGGCAAUUCCUAAUUUUUGAAUGCUUGGUUUUGCAGACAAUGUUAUGUUAUAUAAUAUAGGGUCCCUCUUUCGUGUACUUGUUGAAAUGAUUUUAUUUAGAUGUGGAUUUGGAUGUUAAUUUUUUAUUAUUGUAUGUUUAUUGUUUGUAUUUUGGCUCCUGGGAGCUGUCUCUAAGUACAGUGUGAGGUAUGUUUUCAGGAUACUGAAAGUUUUUCAUGUGCAUCA